GUUUACGUUUACACACCGUGGGAAGAAAGAAAUGGAAUCGUCGUACACUCUGUGCAGGGACUGACAAAGAUAAGUUCUCAAGCUUCUUUUUGGGACUGGUCACGGGACAAGUUUAUGCAUGGUCACCACUCUGUCUGCCGGUCAGAAGGAAAGCAGCAGGGUCUAAUUUGACCAUGGAUCUCGCAAAAAUCACCAAUAACCUUAUAAAAAAUGUGGCUACAGGUGAAAGUGUGACAAUGGGAUCGUUAUGGCAACAGCAGCCAUGUAUAAUCCAUUUCAUGCGUCGCUUUGGAUGACCUUUGUGUAGGCUGGGUGCCAGGGAGCUAAGUUCCCUUAAACCCCAGCUAGACGAGCACAAUGUUCGUCUCAUUGGUGUGGGUCUUGAAGAAUUAGGAGUACAAGAUUUUGUUGCUGGAAAAUAUUGGGCAGGAGAAUUGUAUAUUGACGCUAAGCAUGAGACAUACCGGGCAGUGGGUUUCACCAGGUGCUCGUGGUGGAUGAUCGCUAAGUCGCUGUUUAGUAAGAAAGCUAGAGCUGUACUUCAAAGGGCAAAGGAAGCAAAGAUCGAGGGUGAUUUUAAGGGUGAGAAAUUGCAAAUUGGCGGAACGCUGAUUGUUGGUGCAAAGGGUGAGAAGGUACUGCUUAAUUUUAAGCAGUCUGGUCCAGGUGAUCAUGUUGCUCUACAGACUGUCCUAGAUGCUCUCGGUAUUGAAGGCAAGCCACCCAGCUCCAACCCACCAACAGAUGGUCAAGCAAGCCCAGAAUGUACUUCUGAUGAGUGUUCGCCCAUUCCACCAACAGAGGGAGCUAGUAGAGCUGAUACAAAUCCAGAGCCGAAAAUGGAAUGUACUGAUGAUGUUUGUGCGGUUAAGUAAAUAAUCUUAUAAUACUAAUAUUGUCCUAUGCUUGCUAAGUAUUAUAUCCACAAUAUAUACCAAAAAUGAAGAAUGCAGUGAAACAACGUGCACGCAACAAACUGUUUUUAAUGACGAUCCGUUCAGACUGCUCACAUGGAGCGAAGUUGGAUUCGUCAUACGACGGUUGUACAAGUUAGUGCCCAGCUUGAAGUAAACAGUAUUAAAUAAUCCAGUUUAUUUGAGAAGCAAAAUGCUAUUAGAAUUACAUUAUUUUUGUUCAUUUUUUUCUUCCUAAAUCCAGUCAUCUUGUAAUUUGAUUUAUUUAUCAGUUUGCCCUCAAAGCUAAUUUCAUGGCCAUGCUGUACUUGUAUUCAAUGGACACGAAGUUACAUUGUAAUUUUUAAAUGUGGUGCUCCCUUGUCGGAAACAGGAAUCCCAAUUCUAACGUCUAUAUGCACAAAAUAUAAAUUUUCUGAUUUGCUUUUAUAUAAACAUUUUCUUUAUUUACAUCUUAUUUGUAGUCUACACCACUAUGACAAGGUGUGUAGGUUUUUGUUUCUGUGAUAUAUUUUUGUUAAAUUAAAUAUAUUGAUUUAUAUAAUGUUAAAUUUGUUAUUGGUUUGUGAAAAUAUUCAGAUUGUUGUAUGUUGGAAUGCGAUUUAGACUUACAAUCCUAAUACAAUUGCGUUAGCGGACAAAUAACAAAUAUAUACUUGUAGUAAACUAUUUUUCAGAUGUCUAAAUAUAAACAUUUAGAAGAUGGAGUUUUAGACAAAUAAUGUUUUUGCAUAAUUUAGUAAUUUUUAUGUCAAAUUAAGUUUUAAGUCGUGUUGUAUGGAUUAAUGAUAUUUGUGUGUUAAAAUUUGGCUGACAAAGAGCGCAUGAGUUGAUAUAGUUGCCAUAGCAAUAUGUGCUUCUCUGAAUUUGAUAUAAAUAUGAAUUUGAAUUAUGGAAAUAAAAUAGUAAAUAUUGAGUA